AUUCUCCAUAUCUCCUGAAAAUAAUAAAAAGAGACCACCAUCGAUUCUCAAGGCAAAGGAGAACCACCCCCAUCUUAUCCUCUCUACCAGUCUCCCUUCCUUCCUCGUUCGCUCGUCAUUUCCCUGCCGACAAACAAACCUCUGUAAUCUCCAGUCGUCAUCUUUCUCAGACUCGUCACUGCUUGUUCCUUCUCUACCAUCGCUGCUUCAGAGGCAUUAUGUACUAGAUCCAUACAUUGGAACACAAGGGAGGAAAUCCGGUGAAACCAACUUUCAUAGCCGAUAAAGUGUGGAGGAGUUUCAGAACUUACUAAGAUACACCCUGUAUAUAAGGAGAAACUUUAAAUAAAUAAACAAAACGGUGGGAAUUGUGACGAGUCAUCAACUCAUUACUCAUAAUGGUGGUUCUAUCUGAACUUCCAGAAGCAUCUUCAUCUUCUUCAUCAACUCAUGGCCGUAGUUCACCAACGUGUGGUCGUAGUUCAUCAACUGAUGGCCAUAGAUACGAUGUAUUUUUAAGUUUUAGAGGUGUUGACACUCGUCAUAGUUUCACUGAUCACCUUCAUAAGGCCCUCAUUCAUGCCAAUAUCAAUACCUUCUUGGAUGAUGAAGAGAUUGAAACAGGGGAAGAUUUGAAACCGGAAUUGGAGAGUGCAAUUAAGGCAUCUCGGGCUUCUAUUAUAGUGUUGUCUAAGAAUUACGCUUCUUCAACAUGGUGUCUCGAUGAAUUGGUGCUGAUCCUUGAGCAGCGUAUGACAUCCAACCAUAUUGUCAUCCCAAUCUUCUAUCAUGUGGAGCCAACCCAUGUCAUGAAGUUUCAGGCUAGAGACGGAAUUUAUUGAAGAAAUUGUGAAGGACAUCCACCGUAGGUUACAUGUACCCUCAAGGAGUGUUCGGCAACAACUUAUUGGGAUGGACUAUUCCAUUAAGUUCAUAACUUCAUGGUUGAAAGAUGGAUCCUCACAUACGGCAGACAUACUCACUAUUACGGGAAUCGGCGGGAUCGGGAAGACAUCUUUAGCCAAACAUAUCUAUGACCUAUAUUGGCAUGAAUUCAGCACAAGCAGUUGUAUUGAAGAUAUCAGUAGGAGAUGUGAUGGAAAGUUUAAUGGGCUGCUUGAUAUACAAAAGCAACUUUGGGAUGACAUUUCAAAAAAAAGUUCAAUUCAAGUUCAUAAUGUUUCAGCAUACACCUCAAAGAUAGAGAAUUCAUUAACCCUCAAAAAGGUCUUUAUAGUUCUUGAUGAUAUCAGUACUAUUGAUCAGUUGGAUGCAUUACUCGGAAACAAAGGUUUUCAUCCCGGAAGCAAAAUCAUAAUAACAACAAAGGAAAGAUGGAUAACACAAAGUUGUGCACUAUUCAAAACAAAUAUUAAACCCAAGCAUGUAGAACGCUUCCUUAAAGGCUUAUGUAGGACUGAAUCAUGCCAACUUUUGUGUUCCCAUGCAUUCAUGUGCAACCAUCCCAAGGCAGGUUAUGAAGAGGUGUUAGAGAAGCUUGUGAAGUAUUGCCAAGGACAUCCAUUGGCUCUCAAAGUUUUGGGCAAGUCGCUACAUAAUCGAGAUGUAGCUUACUGGGAAGGGUGCAUACAAGGGCUAAAAAAAGAAACAAAUUCCUGUAUAAAUAAUGUCUUGAGAAUGAGCUUUGAUUCUUUGCCAUCUAACAAUGAUAAGGAAUUGUUUAAGCAUAUUGCUUGUUUUUUUGUUGGAAUAGAUAGAGAUGUUACCGAAACAAUAUUAGAGGCAUGCAAUAUAAACACGAGAUACGGAAUCAUUAAUCUCAUUGACAGAUGCCUUCUUAGUAUAGGACAGAAUAAUGAAUUUAAGAUGCAUCAGUUGGUUCAAGAGAUGGGAAGAUUCGAAGUACUUCAAGAAUCACUUGACAAGCCAUGGAAGCGCAGUCGAUUAUGGUGUCAUGAGGAGUCGUUCAAAGUAUUAAAGAAAAAAAAGGGUAAGGGAAAUAUUCUAGGCCUUGCCUUGGACAUGCGAAUGGUUGAGAAAGAGAAGUCGGGUGCAUCAUUUGAGUUGAAAAUAGAUGCGUUGAGUAACAUGGAUAAUCUGAUGCUGCUACAACUCAAUUAUGUGCACAUGAAUGGUUCUUAUGAAAACUUUCCGGAAGAAUUAAGAUGCUUAUGCAUGCAUGGGUACCAUUUAAAUUCUAUACCUUUAAAUUUACCAAUGGAGAAUCUGGUUGCUCUUGACAUGUCAUAUAGCAAUAUUGAAUCAUUUGUCUUUUGUGAUAGUAAUCCACAACGACAUGAAAAGAGACAAAAGUUAAGCGGAUCAUGCUUAAAACACAAAAGGGUACUUGGAUCAUUGAAGAUUCUUAAUUUAAGUUUCUGUAAACAACUUGGUAGUCUUGGUGACUUUGACCAACUCCCUGCUCUUGAGAGGUUAAUAGUUAGAAAUUGCAUUAGUUUGCAUGAGGUUUGUGAAUCAAUUGGGCAAUGUGUUAAACUUGUCUUAAUCGAUCUGAGCUACUGCAACAAGCUUGAAAAAAUUCAAAAAAUCACAAGCAUGUUAGCGAAUGUUAAAAUAAUGUUCCUAGAGGGUUGUAAUCUUGGGGAAUCACAGAUCAAGAUUAGGGAUAUUGAUCUACCAGAAAGGCUCAAGGCUAACGACAUUGACAUAAAUACAAUAACCUCUUCCUCUGCCUUUGGGGGUGCUAUACCAAGUGAUUUGAAGUUCUCUGCAUUUUCUUUACCUAGGUCUUUAGUAAGUUUGGUACUUGCAAAUAAUAAUUUGUCCAAUGAAUCCUUUCCCAUGGACUUCAGUUGCCUAUCCAUGUUAAAGCAUUUAUAUUUAGACGAAAAUCUUAUCGAUUCCAUGCCCAUUUGUGUGAGAACCCUUCCUAGGCUUGAAAUACUUAGCAUGAAUAAUUGUAAAAAUUUGAAGUCAAUCGAGCAUCCUCCACAUACACUAAGAGUGUUGUUCGUCGUUUCUCAUAGGCCCUCUAUAGAAAAAUUGGUAUUAAAUCGAACAACAUCCAUACACCAUUUAUCAUAUAACGAUAUAGAUUACGGACGUUGGUCAUAUGAAAUAGAAGGCGUGAUCAAAAUCCAAGCAAUGGUGGGUGUUGACGAAGAGGUAUUGCGUAGCUUGGGAUGGACUAAUUUAGACUUCCGUAACGACAGGCGUGUGAGAACAGAUCUUCAGAGAUCUGGAAUCCAGACGAUGCUUUAUGAAUAUGGAAUAUUUAGCACAAUGUACGAGGCGGAGGAGAUGCCGAGUUGGUUUAGGCAUAGAAGCGUGGGGCCAUCAAUAUUAUUUACCAUCCCAUCAUCUCCAAACUGCGUUAGAGGAUUCAACUUCUGCUCUGUGCAGACGUUGCAAGUUCCAGAUGAGGAUGCAAGAACCUAUCUUUCGCCAAAGAUCACAAUUGAUAAUAUAACAAAGAAUCGCACAUGGAUAUACCAACGUCGCUUGACCAGAUCUACUGUAUGCCGAGAGUGUUGCGUGAUGUUAAGUCAUUGGAUGUUUGGAAUGAAUGACAUGGAAGGUGGUGACCAGGUUACUAUUACUGUUACAGGGCCAUAUAAUGAACUUAUAAAGGAGUGUGGGGUGAGAGUCAUGUAUGUUGAUGAUGAUGAUGGUGCGUUAGGUUAUUACAAGUCAUGGAAUCUCAUAAUUGGUGGAGAUCUCUCUCCUUUUCAAAUGAGAACAGGAGAAUACAUCCUAUACAACUGGGAUUUUAGAUUCCAGUUUAUGAAUUUUUUCAUGGAACACUAAACUCAUUAGAGAAGGUGACAGCUAUCAAGGUUGAUGUCAUUCUUAUUAAAUAUUUUGUUGUCAGAGCCUUAUGUAUACAACCUGACCCAUGACCAAACUUCAUUAAAUAGAUGAACAAUGACCUAUUUAUUUUAAAUAAAUGGAUCAUAGCCUGAUUCGUCUAAAUAAGUACAUCAUAUGACCCAAAUCCACCCAUUUAUUAUUGAUUUUGUUUGCCCUCUAAGAUAAGAGUUUAUUUUUAAUGUAUCGAUCCAGAUGCACGAUGGGUCGACCCAAGUAUUGAUCCGUCUAAAUGGGUUGAUCUGCUAUAUCAAUUGGUUAAGUUUUUUUAUAUGUUGGGUCACAUAAUUAUAAUAUACCAGGACCAAUACAACUGCUUUGUCCAAAUGGAUGUAUGUGAAUAGUGAUUAACACAAUGCUUUUUUUUUUCUCUGUAUUUUCAACACAAAAGGAAGUGUGGUUCAGAGAUUUUUCGCAAAGGAAGCCUGACAUAAUUGGUCAUGCACGUGAGGUAUAUUUUUAUACCUGAGCAUUUCUCUCGUCACAUAAAUAAAGGGAAAAUGACUUAGGUUUUGUCCACAUUUGGUCACUUUCAUUUUUUUUUGACAACAUUGACCAUUAAAUUCUCAUUUUCUGUUCAAGUUAUAGUAGGUUAAUGUCCAAUUGGCAUAUACUUGGCAUCUACAUGGUGGCAUUUGAGAUUAGCUGAUACGUGAUAUAAGUCAAAAUCAAAAAUUCCAAGUUGAAAAUCCUUGGAAAUGUGGGUUACCUUCUCGAUUGAGGAAAUCACAGACUGAUGACAACCCUGAAGAAAGUUUAGAGUGUGCCCUAACUCGAUGGAGUGAUCGAUGAAGAUUUUCAAUAUGAAGAUUUAAACAUCAAGUUGAAGUCGAAGAAUAUGGGUGUAAUGGAAGCUUAUGAACUAAUGCUGAAAAUUUGCUACAUCAGAGCAUGAGAUGAAGAUGGACCACGAAAUGGAGGCACUGAAAUGGAAGGUGUCCACUCACAAAAUAGUGCUCUUGUGUUGUUUGUUAUGCUUGUAGUUAAUCUACUUUAGGUUAGGGAUUAAUGGCUUAGUGAAAGUUGGCUUAUUGGGUUAAUGUACUUUGGAUGUAACUGAAAAUGGCUUAAUGAAAGAUGGAUGCUAGCUAACUGAUUAUUAAUGACA